AUGGCCAUUCUAAGCCGGCUUUCCGCCGUUAUACUCACGUCUAUAGCAACAGUCGCAUGUUUACCAGAGGUUGAAGGAUCACGAUAUGCUCUGGAUACCCUUCAUGGAGUAGACGAUGGCAAAUUGGUGUCACCUCAUCGAGCCAUCGUCAAGCUUGAUUGCGCAGAGUGUCCGACAAUUAACACGGGCAUCGAAGGGCAAUCACAAGCAUUGAUCCUCGAUUUUACCACCUUCCCAUCAUCUGAGUCCGAGGGUCAUCGGCCUGACACUUUAGAACCCUCCGUCUUUGUCAACAAUUAUCUUCUUGUUUCUUGGGAAGGACGGAGAGAAAGCUGGGCCCCAUUCGCCCGAUCUGUUUCCGCAAAUACAACGAUUGAUGAAUACAUGUCCAACCCAAGCAACUAUUCUGAUGCGUACCUGCUCCCAAAUAUGACCAGUCGUUGGAUCGCUACAGCGCAAGACUGGAAAAUGUUCUCUAUCCUGCUCGAGGUAGAGGGCUAUAAAGGUUAUGAAGACCAAGAACGGACUACAGUAUCCCCUAGCUCCACGCACUUAGAUGCAAUCAGUGGAGUGAAGCUCUACGUGCGCCUCCAGAAUGCCUCUGACGUUGAAGCUAAGCUUGCACCAGAACUAUGUAACGAGAUCCUACACCACGAGCACCUUCAUGACAAGGAAAUAUGGACGCUGGAAUGGAUAGAGAUCCUUGACAAACGUUGGUUGAAUUGGUUGAGCUCUAUGAACGCUGGUUCGCACUACGACCCAGGGAGAUUGCCUUUGGGGCUCGAAUCUAAGAUGUCCAAAGAAUGGGACUACUACAGGAUCACCAUGCCUACAAACCAAAAGAAGUGUCUCGCACCGACCAAGCAGGAGGAUAUCACAAGCGAGCCUUCAAGGCCCAAGGGCAUUGCACGACUGAGGAUCGGACCGAUGAAUCCGUUCCAGAUCUUCGCAAUGAUACUGCUGGCAACCUCUGUCAUCAUUGGACCCGUGUGGGCUAUUGCAAGCCUCAUGAGGCGAAUGAUCAAUAGGGUGACUGGUGGGUGGCUGAAUGAAGCGAUAGGAUAUAGGCCUUCGGGGGAAGAAAUGAUAUACAAAGAAUGGGAGGAGAAAAAAGGAAGAAUCCUGCUAUAG